UCUGAUACCAGUCAGUACAUUAACAAAGCUGUGCUUCGUGUUAAAUGAACUUCCCGCUCUGGUUCAACAACCUCAAGUCUUAAGAGCACUGGCCAGGAAAUUGUGCCUGUAAUAAAGGGGGCUUUCCUCAUCCUGGACGCUGGGAUCGCGUUAAAUGGCUGAUGGAGAGAGAGGGGAGGGAUAACGGCGCCGUGUAGGACUCCGAGCGCGCGCCUCAUCAACAUCAUCAUCCUCAUCAGCCUUAUCAUCAUCCUCAUUAUCCUCCUCAACAUCAACAUCAUCAUCAUCAUCAUCAUCACCAGCCUCCGCUCAGUGGACAUCACGGCCAGCAGCUCGGCUCCUCUCUGAGCUUCAGCGCGCAAAACACUUCGUCAUUUCUCCUCGAAGCAGCCUCGAUCAGAGCACACGACUACACCAUGUGGAUUUAUAAACUCCUGCUUUGCCUUUCUGUCCUGCUCUAUUCGGAAAGCAAGAGGCAUGCGCUUCAGGACUACCAGAAGACUGACGGGGUUCGUCUGGUUGCUCCGCCUGACUCCUCCUAUAUGAUGAAAAGCAAGAAGAUGAGCUUGGGGAAGUGCGUGCGCCGCUGCAGCCGCAACAGAAAACUCCCCUUCACCUGCAGAGCUUUCAUCUUUGAUCAAAAUGGCACAAAGUGUCAUUUACUCUCCUUUGACAGCCUCACAGUGGGCGUCCUUGCCGAGACUGACUUCAGCUUUGACCUUUACGAAAAAAAAGACUUUGUAAGAGAGUGCAUCAUUGGCACAGGCCUGAAUUACAAAGGGAGGAGAUCAGUGACCGAGAGUGGUGUUGAGUGCCAGAACUGGGAUCUGAACACGCCACAUGAACAUCACUUCUUACCCCGGCGGCAUAAGAAGAAGGACCUUCAGGGGAACUUGUGCCGGAACCCAGACAAUAGCACUACAGGGCCGUGGUGUUUUACCAAGAAUCCCAGCAUACGUUAUCAAAACUGCAACAUUCCCCAGUGCUCGCAAGUGGAAUGUAUGAUGUGUAAUGGAGAAAGCUACCGCGGGCCCAUGGACCACACGGAGAGUGGCAGAGAGUGCCAGCGCUGGGACUUGGAUGAACCUCACAAACAUCUCUUCCAUCCCAAAAGGUACCCAGAUAAAGGACUUAAGGAUAACUAUUGCAGGAACCCAGAUGGACGCCAGAGACCCUGGUGCUUUACCACUGAUCCUGACACUCCGUGGGAGUACUGCGAUGUCAAACAAUGUGAAUCUGACAGCCACAGUGAUGUUGAAACGACUACGACGUGUUUCCGGGGGAAUGGGGAAGGAUAUCGUGGGACGGUCGCAGUCCCCAAGGAUGGUUUAAUUUGUCAAAGAUGGGAUGCCCAGUUUCCUCAUUCACACUCCUUUACACCACAGAAGUACCGCUGCAAGGACCUGAGGGAAAACUAUUGCAGAAAUCCUGAUGGCCGUGAUGUCCCAUGGUGCCUCACUACUGACCCUAAUGUGCCUUGGGUAUUCUGCACGAGCAUCCCAGGCUGUGAAGCAAUAUCAGCUGAAGCUGAUGAGUGUUAUACAGGAAGUGGCGAGAUGUACAGAGGGAGGCAGAUGAAGACUCGUUCAGGCAUCCCCUGUGCACCAUGGAGCGACCAUACUGAGAGGAAAGCGCGAGACAUGGUGACCCAGAAUGAUGACCUGGAAGGCAAUUUCUGCAGGAAUCCAGACAAGGACAAGCACGGGCCAUGGUGCUACACCAACAGUUCCCUCGUCCCCUGGGAUUACUGCACAGUUAAGCGCUGUGAGCAAUUACAGAACAGUCUACCAAGAAAAGCUGAACCCUUGGGCGUCUCCUGUUUUGUCCAUAAGCAAGUGAGGAUAGUGGGCGGUGGCCCUGUUCCGAUUAAAGAGGGUAGUUGGAUGGUCAGCAUUCAGAAAGGGGCUGCUCACUCAUGCGGAGGCUCGCUGGUCCGUGAGGAGUGGGUGCUGACGGACAGAGAGUGCUUCUCCUCGUGUGUUCCUGAUCUGUCUGAGUACAGAGUGUGGCUUGGUUCUGCGCAUCUGAAUGAGUCUGGAGAGAACACUUGGAUCAGGCAGGAAAGGAGGAUUGCUCACGUUGUCUGUGGCCCAGAAGGCUCAGGACUUGCCCUGCUACAACUGGCACAGCCUGCUCUCAUCACUGAGCAUGUGAGGUUCAUUCAGCUUCCUGUAGCUGGCUGUAGCAUUGCAGAGGGCACUGUGUGUUCAACAUAUGGCUGGGGGGAAACUAAAGGCACAGGACAUGAAGGCACACUAAAGAGUGUUCAGCUGCCCAUUGUUAGCAAUGAACGCUGCCAGCAGUUACACAGAGGAACGCUACAGAUCACUGACGCUAAAGUGUGCGCUGGCGGGAAGAGAGAUGAAGGAGUGUGUGAGAAAGACUAUGGUGGUCCACUGGUGUGUCAGGAAAAGGACAGUAAGGUCAUAGUGGGAGUGAGUAUCCAUGGCAGAGGAUGUGCCCGACACAACCGGCCAGGUAUCUUCGUCAGCGUGGCCCAGUAUACAGGAUGGAUACACAAGGUGUUCAAAACAUACCCAUAUUCAGACUAUAAUUAUUAAACUGGGCUUCAAUAAGAGAGAACCUGGAACUGAGCAGUCCUGAGGAUCCAAAACAUUAGAGACAAAAUCAAAGUGCCCCACAUUAGUGACUUACGUACAUUCAAAGUUUAUUAAACCUAUGUCCAAAAUGUUCUGAUUUCAUGAAAAAGUGAAGGUGAUAUGGCUGGAUUUCAUUCAAUUCCAUGUGUACUGUUAGAAAAGUUGAAAGAAAAGGUACAAAGGUCAGCUGCCUAAACCCUGAUCAAGAACAAGCUUUGUAACUCUUUAUAUAGAUUGUGGAAAUUGUUAUAAAUUUGAAGCACGGGACCUUGUUUUGGGGAAAAAGAAAUCCCAAAAUCUGUGGAUGAUUUGUGAAUGUUGUGUACACUAGAAUUGUAGAAAGAAGAGCAGAGAAACUGUAUCUCUGAGAAUUUAUUUGGAUUAUAAGGAAAGAUAAGGAUCUGCAUCUAGUGAUUGUAGCAAUUGUAGAAACUUUGGCACAAAGUAACAAGAAAAUAUUCUUGCUUUUUCCUGUCAAACAAAUACAUGGACAAAACAAAGACUUGUCAAUUUACACAUUCAUAUUGUACAUCUUGGCUCCAGACAUACCCUGCAGUAUUAUAUGUUACAGAAAGUUGUGUAUAGUAUAUGUGUAAAAUAUGUGUAUAGUAGUAUUAAUUGAAGGUUUUUUUUUUUUUUUACUUUUAUGCUCCUGAUAAUACUUGAAUACACACUCAUCCAACAAAACACUGUCUGCUCCAACAGCACUUCCUCAUGUCAUGUAUUGAAGGUUCAGUUUGCUUUAUGCAGGUGUGUAUGUCAUGUUCAGUGAACUCUGUAGAUGUUAUAACAUGUAAAUGUAUCCCCAACAUAUGCUGUGUUUGAAUUAUUAUCAGAAGCCGUAGAAGGGUUAUGAGUUGUAAAUACUGUAGUCAUCACUCCCGAUGCUUGGGUAGGUCUCAUAGACCUUUUAUGGAGGUUGUAAAAUAUUAUGUUUUUUUUUUGUUUUUUUUUUGGCAUAAUCUUGAUCACUAGACAUUAUUGCCAAUAAAAAUAUUGAAAGCAAGCUGGGUUCAAAAAGAGAGUUGAUGCUAAAUUUAGUUCUAUUUUGUAGUUAUUAUCAGUUAACCUUCUAAAGAGUGUGCUGGACCAUGUGUGUGUGUUUGUGGCAUAAUUCGUUGUUUGUCAGCAAUGCUGUUGGCAGGAUGCAGCUCUGCAGGACAGAGAGUUUUGUGUGUGUGUGUGUGUGUGUGUGUGUGUUUAUAUCUUGGUCACAAAUAUAAAAUAUAUAUGACUUUUGACCCUGUGGAAGCACUAGGCAGAUCCCCACAAUGAUAGAAAUAUUUGACAGUUUUGUCAAACUGUUUUAUUUUUCAAAAACCACAGCUUCAACAGUCAAAAUGUUUUAUUUUUGUUACUGAAUUUAAGGUUAGGGUAAGAUUUAAGUGUAGGAAUAGCAUUAACUAGCUGCAUUAAUAACUAUGUCUGUGGAAGGUCCUCACAAGGAUAAUAUGACUAAUGUUUGUGUGUGUGUGUGUGUGUGUGUGUGUGUGUGUGUGUGUGUGGGUCCAUGAACAAAGAAGCCAACAUAAAUCUUCUUUGAUCUAGUGGAGAAACAUACCUAGUUAGGCAAAGAUAUGAAACCCGUCCAUCAGAGUCGGUUGUUGUGUGUGGCCGUGGUUUGCUCUGAAUGCAAGUUUUUCGUUCCUGACCUCUCACUCUGGACUGCAUCCAACAACAAUCAGCUUGGAAUAUUACCCCCCUAACCAUGUCAGCUUAAGCAAAUACCAUGCUGAAAGAUGGCUCCUAAGUGCUUGCUUUCCGAGCACUCCUGAUGCUCAUUAAUGUUGGUUUAUAUGAAGGAUGACUUUAAUUUGUAUGAGUCCAAAGGCAGAGAUCUUUAUAUUAGGCAAUACCAGGAAUGUUCAGCAUGAGCUGAAAAACAGUCAAGACAAACCAUGUAAACAUCUUACUCUGUGAUAACUUUAUGAUUAUAAGAUUUAUCUCUUUCCAUAUUUAGACCAUAAGACUUGCUGAUUGAUUCCAUACCAAACUAUUGAGUUUCUCUGUGCAAACUUGGUAUGUAAUGUAGAAUUAUUUACACUGAGGUGACCUAUAUAAGUCAACCAGCUCUGCAGUUUUCAUUAGGAAUUUAAUGUUGUUUAUUUUAUUGUUUUAUUUUUUGGUGUAAAUGUGUCACCUUUAUGAAUGUACAGUGCUGCUAUUUACAAUAGAAGGUUGUAAAUGUCAUCUGUGUACAGCAUACAUACACUCCUAGUAUGGAGAUAUUCAUAUUCAAUUUAUUAUUCCCCUGUAUUGUAUGGUUCAUGCUGAAUUAGCUUGACAGCUGUAUUUAUCCGCUUACAUUGUGUGUUCAUUAGGACUCCUUUAUGUGCCUUUACCAUGUUUACCAUGUCUGAAAUUAAAAAUAAAAUGUUAUUAAACAAAAUGA